AUGGAAAGCAUGAUAGUGCCAACCAUCCACUGCCCUAGCUGCGUCUAUGCUAUUCAGAGCGCACUCAAAAAUUCAGCAGCCAAAAACGUCUCAGUAAACCUUCUCAAUAAAUCUGUUUCUUUCGAAUGUGAUGAUAAAAAUGCUGCGAAGCGAGAAGUCGUUGGGGCUCUGCACGAAAUUGGUUAUUCGGUCGAUCAGGAGAAUUCAUUCUUGAGGUCAAAAGACAAAGGAAAAUCUCAUGAAACGCUCAAUACCCGCCACCUCGAAAGCUGCCAGGAGUGCAGAGAGAAGGGCGAAAACGCAACAAAGACUGGUAAAUUAUUCUACUUUACAAAGCUCUCAGUGGAGGGCAUGACUUGUGCUAGUUGCACACAAACACUCUCUUCAACCCUGCGAGGAAUGACUGGUGUUGAUCCAGACAGCGUUCGAGUUAGCUUGAUGUCUGCAGAAGCAGAAUUCAUCCACGAGCAACUCUCCCUGGAAUCCGUGCAGAAUGAGAUCGAUACAAUUGGCUACGAAAGCAAAAUUAUCGAAUCAUCACCUCUAAAGAAGGAAGAAGACCAAGACACUGUCAUAACAAAGUUUGAGUUUAAAGGUAUGACAUGCGCAAGCUGCUCGCAAACUAUCAGUUCCGCCUUAAAACUAGAAGAAGGUGUCCUCACCGUAGACGUAUCGCUUACUAGUGCUACUGCUAUCGUUGAACAUAACAAAGCCGUUGAUGUCGCCCACCUUGUCGAUACUAUUGAAGAUAUCGGUUAUGGUGCUACUGCUGUAUCAACUGUGAGCCGAAAUGAGGCUAGGAGCAACGAACGCAACGUGGAGUUUAAAGUAGAUGGAAUGUUUUGCGGUCAUUGUCCUUCACACCUGCUAGACACACUGAACUCCCUGCCUCUAAUUGCGCACACAAAUGACAUUACGCUCGAUCAUCCUUUCGUAACAGUCACGUACACUCCCAAUUCUCCUUUACUCACUGUGCGUAGUAUCAUUAGGGAUAUUCAUCACGCCCAUCCGAAAUUCACUAUAACAGCGGUAGAAAACAAUUCGGCGAAUUCUUCGCGUUCCACCGCAAUUCACUUAGCGGAAUCAAAGGCAUGGCUGGUCAGAGUGGCAGUAUCCGCUGUGUUCAGUUUCGCAGCGUUGGUAAUCAAUGUUAUUGGAAUGGAAUUACUCAACGAAGAUCACCCUGUCAGACGUGAGCUUGAAAGACCCAUCUGGGGACAGGCAACGGUUGGUAUUGUAGUGAUGUUUCUUCUUUCCUCUCCUGUUUACCUCAUCGUGGGUUGGAAUUUCCACAAAAAGUCGUAUCUUUCUCUCAAGGCUUCUUACAAAGCUGUCAGCAAGAGUGAUAGGUUUCCAUGGAUAGCGUUAGUCACGUGGGGUAGUAUGGAUUUGCUCGUCUCUCUCGGUACGACAGUAGCAUACUUUGCGAGUAUCGCGAUGCUUAUUAUCGAUAUCCACUUAAAGACACCCGACGAUAGAAUGAUGGGAUACUUUGAAAUGCCCAUCUUCUUGAUAUUUUUUAUCUCGAUCGGGAGGACUCUAGAGAGCUACAUGAAAGCGAAGACAGGUGAUGCUAUAAGUGCACUCGGCAAGCUGAAACCAAGCAAAGCGCUGCUUGUCGGGGACAACGACCUGUCCUUCUCUGAAGCAAAGACCAAAACAGACAGUGAUUAUGACCACGAGAAUAGCUCAAGCAGCGAAACAACGCGGUUACUUCCUAAUGGUAAUAAUGUUCCGGCACGCAGCAGCAGAGGUAGUAUAAAGGAGACUUCGCUCACACUUAUCGAGAUCGGCGAUACGCUGCUAGUGCAGGCGGGCGAAGUUGUGCCUAUCGACGGUCUUAUUAGCAGCCGGGGUAACUACCCGUUCGACAUGAGCAGCGUCACAGGCGAGAGUCUUCCGGUCACUCUCCACGAGGGUGAUGAGGUAAUGACUGGAACUACCUGCCUGAAGGCGGUGUUUAUGAAGGUGACGAGCACCUCGUCGGAGACGUUGAUUGACAGGAUCAUACGGGUAGUGAACGAUGCUCAAUCCAAAAAAGCUCCAAUAGAGAAGAUUGCAGAUGCAGUGACUGCGGUGUUUGUUCCUGUGAUAGUUUUACUCUCAAUUAUCACGCUCAUAGUGUGGCUCGUCGUUGCUGCAAAUGCAGCAGAGCUCGGCGGCAAGAUGGAUCAAGGUGGCAAGAUAUUUUUUGCGAUACAGUUCAGCGUUGCUACGUUAGUCGUCGCUUGUCCUUGCGGCAUUGGUCUAGCUACACCUACAGCCAUUGCAGUGGGAUCGGGUGUACUCGCCAAUCAUGGUGUUCUUGUUCAGUCUGGUAGCGAAUCUUUCGAGCUCGCCAACAAGGUCCAGAUCGUGGUGCUCGACAAGACCGGAACGCUCACAGAAGGCAAGAUCUCGAUUGUUUCGGAAGAACGUCUCUCUAAGAAGGAGGAUGGUUUGCUCGAUGAAGACGUACUUUGGGGUAUGGUUUCAUCUAUGGAAGAGCAGUCUUCGCAUCCCAUAGCCAAGGCAGUAAAGAGCCAUGCCUCCGCGAAAUCCCACUCACUGUUACCUGACUUAUCCUCGUAUGAAGAGGUUAGUGGUCGUGGAGUUAAGGGUGUGUUCAGUUGCGACGAUAAAAUGCUGGAGAUGCGCAUUGGGAGUGGCAAGUUUGUCGGUGCUGGCAGCCAACCUUCAUCGACAGUCGACCGUUGGAGAAAUAACGGUAAUAGUAUUGUGUUUGUGGCGCUAAAAGAGGCUGGUGCAGAUGAUGAAGCUUUGACGAUCACAUAUGCACUAGCUAUCGCUGACUCGCCUAGGGAAGAGUCGAGAGAGGUAGUACAGCAACUACACAAUGCAGGCAAGCAAAUUUUCAUGCUGACGGGUGAUGAGGAAUUAACGGCGAGGGCUAUAGCUAGGGAUGUCGGUAUCGCUGAGGAGAAUGUGAUGGCGGGUGCAAUGCCUGAUGAUAAAGUGAAGUAUAUCGAGAAAUUAAGGAAUGAAGCUAAUUGUAAGCCGCUUUCGCCUACAAUGCUCUCGCGCAUGAAGAGGUGGAUUGGAAAGCCAGACAAAAGGGAAGUAACCCCGCUUGUUAUGUUUGUCGGUGAUGGACUCAAUGAUAGUGGGGCAAUUAUAGCAGCUGAUGUGGGCACGUCGCAGGGUUCUGGUAGUCAGAUUACCAUAUCUUCUGCACACUUCAUUCUUCUCAACUCAUCACUACGCUCGCUCAUCAAAAUAUUCAAGCUAUCGAAGUUAGUCAAGACACGCAUCAUCAUCAAUUUCAUAUGGGCGAUUGUUUUCAACGUCACUCUUGUUCCUGUUGCUGCCGGUGUCUUUUACCCGCUGGGAGUGAAGCUGCCACCGGUAUAUUCCGCAUUAGCGAUGGCGCUUUCAAGCGUGAGUGUCGUAAUUUCCAGCCUUUUACUCCGUCUACAUCGGCCAUCAAAUUAG